GUGAGUUGAAAAGAUAGUGUCAAUAUGUCUGGAAGAGGAAAGGGCGGUAAAGGGCUCGGUAAAGGAGGCGCUAAGCGCCACCGGAAGGUGCUCCGGGAUAAUAUCCAGGGCAUCACUAAACCCGCUAUUCGUCGUCUCGCGCGCCGCGGCGGCGUCAAGCGUAUUUCUGGUCUGAUCUAUGAGGAGACGCGCGGCGUGCUGAAGGUGUUUCUGGAGAACGUGAUUCGUGAUGCUGUGACCUACACGGAGCACGCUAAAAGAAAGACCGUCACCGCCAUGGAUGUGGUGUAUGCUCUGAAGCGACAGGGACGCACUCUGUACGGAUUCGGAGGCUAAGAGCUUCCUGAACAAAACUAAACCCCAACGCCUCUUUUAAGAGCCACA